CUGCGCGUUUUGGAGGCGCAAAGCCCUCGGAGGAGCGGCGGCAGAGAUGGAGUGCGUCCGGCUUUUGAGACAGAGGCUGCGGCCUGGCCUGCACGGUUUCUUUGGCAGGCGGCUUUGCUGCAGCUGCAGCCGCCGCUACGGUCCGCUCCUGGGAGGGAGCUGGUGGCGCUGUCCAAGUGGGGCGCCGCUGGGGUGCGGAUCCGAAAAAUGCCGGUGGCGCCGAAGUGGUGGACAGACCUUAAUUUGCGCAUAUGCUCUUUCUCAGCACAGCAGCACAGAGGUGACUCAGGCUACUUUAGCCAGUGUGGCACCAGUAUUUUCAGUGAUGAAAUUUGAUAAAGAAGGCAAUGUUACCUCCUAUGAAAGAAAGAAAACAGAAUUGUAUCAGGAACUAAGUCUUCAAGCACGAGAUCUACGGUUUCAACAUCAAGUAAAUAUAACACCCAGGAAUAACAAGAUUAUUAUGAGAAUGGAGUUUUUGAAGGCUGUGAUAACACCAGAGUAUCUUCUAAUCCUAGACUAUCGCAAUACAAAUCUGGAAAAAUGGCUGUUCCAAGAACUGGCAUCUCAGCUAGCUGGAGAAGGUCAACUAGUUACAUAUUCUUUGCCUUUUGAAUUCAGAGCUAUAGAAGCAAUGCUGCAGUACUGGAUCAGCUACCUGAGUGGCAAACUUAGCCAUCUGCAGCCUCAAAUUCUUGAAACUCUGGAUGCUUUAGUGGAUCCUAAGCUUUUGUCCCUGGAUAGGAGUAAAGUCCAUAUUUUACUGCAAAAUGGAAAGAGUUUGUCUGAAUUAGAAACUGACCUUAAAGUUUUCAAAGAGACGAUAUUGGAAAUCCUAGAUGACAAAGAAGUCAUGGAAGAACUGUGUCUAACUAAAUGGACAGACCCAGAAGUAUUUGAGGCAAGUCUUUCUGGAAUUGACCAUGUGGAGGAGAUGGAACUGCUGUUGGAAAAUUACUAUAGGCAGGCAGAAGAUCUUAUGAAUGAAACCCGGGAACUUAAAAUACUGAUUGAUGAUUCUGAAAGUAUCAUCUUUAUCAACUUAGACAGCCACCGUAAUGUUAUGAUGAGGUUGAACUUGCAGCUGACCAUGGGUACUUUUUCAAUCUCGCUUUUUGGAUUGAUAGGAGUAGCAUUUGGUAUGAAUUUGGAAUCAUCAUUUGAAGAGAACCAUGGAAUGUUUUGGCUGGUGACAGGAAUUAUGUUCCUAGGCAGUGGCUUAAUUUGGCGGCGCCUGCUUACAUUUCUUGGGCGGCAUCUAGAACCGUCAAUGCUUCCACCAAUGCCGGCUUUAUUGAAAAAAACGCAGUCAGCCAAUGGAAAAGUAGAGUUUAAGAAUGUUUUCAAAACAGAAACCUUUGAAUCAAGCAGAAGUACAAUGACCAGCCAAUGACAGGAAUACUCCAGGAUAACUUGAACUUGAGACUAUCAUCCUGGAUUUACUUUUUCCAAAAAAUGUAGCAGCCUUUACCAUUUGACUGUGUUAUAUCCCAAAAAUAAGAAGUUAAAAAUCUUCAGUUCUUGAGGGAAGACUUCAGAGUUUUGAAUACCCCAGUAGAAAAUUUAAAUCAUGUAAAUGUUAAAAACAUCCCCUUUUUUCCUUUAACUAAUGCCUUCUGUGGGAAUUCUGGUAAAGUUUAACUUUUUGCCAAUAUAAGAAAACCGUGUCCUCCCUAAUAAUAGUGUCACACAUGUUCCUUCAUAGGUAUAGUUCAUAAAAGGCAAAAAAUAUUGUCUAAAUUAUUUCUAAAGAGAGAGAUAUAUUUAUGUAAAAAUAGUGUUAUCUCUGAUAACAAAUUCUUUUUUGAACACAAUAUACUGUUAUGUUAAUUUUAUGUUCUAUUGUUUAGAUUCAGAAUUUUGUAAAGAUACUGCUUUAUUGCUAUUUCUUCAAGUUACUGGAUUCCAAAAGUUUUAUAUUCCUGUCAUAAUUACCAAAAAUAGAGUUACUAGUACUGUUUUAGGAGAAAGCUCCCCCUUUUAAAGGAGGCUUCGUUUGUGAAGUUCGUGGAACCUCCUUAAAAAGGAGCGUAUGAGAAAAGUACUACUUGCUUGUAGAAGGUUGCCAUGAGGCAGGCAGCCUUUGUCAGAAAGCUGAGGUUCACAUUGCAUCACAUCAGCCGGGCUCUUCUGCAAAAACAGAAAGGUAAUUUGGGUGCUGCUGAACCCUGGAGAAGAGAGAGGAGCAGGCCGAGUCCUGCAAGUCCCUUGGGUGGCCAGAUGGGAAGUAGGCCUUGGCUUACAGGCUGAAAUUGCCGUAUCACUUCUACAGACCAUCUUUAGGCUCCUUUGCAUAGCUUCAAAGAGCCACUUGGAAGCAGGCCGAUGCCUGGAGAAAUUCCAAGGGUCAGGCCCUUGGGUGGCUGGAUGGGAAGUAGGCCUCGGCCUAGAGCAAAGAUGGGCAAUUAAUUUUCCCAAAGGAUCACGUGAGAAACGGACUCUUGUGGAGAGGUGUUGCUGUACCUGUCAACACCGUUGCUGCCACUGCCCCAACACCACCGCCACACUGAUAACUUUUCCCCAACGUGGGGCAGAUGGGUUGUAAAUUGCCCAUGUCUGGCCUAGAGACUGUAACUGCCUGGAUGUGCCAGUCACUUCUGACCAGUGUUAGGCUCCCUUGCAUGGCUGAAUAAGCCAGCUUGGAAGCAUGUAAUGGCCUACAGGAAUAUUGAGGGGAAGGGAGCAGAGUACUGAGUGCCUCAGGGGUGAGGGAGGCCCUGCUAGGCCUGUGGUAGGUGGCCCUGGGCCUAUGUUAGGCCACCAAGCGCUUUCCAGAUUCCUGGGGCACCCCAUGCUCCUCUUAACAACCUGCACAUUCAUUUAAUGAUUGCGUUGGGGAGAGCAGUAAUAGGGUUUGUUAAGUGAGACACUCAGUGGUUGUCAUGACAUGCCACCAUGAUGGGCAGGUUCCAUUAUGGUAGUAAGUCAAGAGUUACCUGAACUUUUAUCUCAGUGUAGCAUCAGACUCAUGACAGUAAUUGUAAAAUGAAGUCAGAGCUAUGACUUUAUUCAGAGUGGUUCCAAAA